UAUUUACUUGGCAAUAAUAUGCAAAGUUUGUUGUGAGAGCAGAAAUGGUAGAGAGGGAAAUCUCUUUCGUUAUUGUCUUCCUUGUUUAUAUAUUUGUGCUGCUACCUGCAAUUUCUACUGUCAACUCCUCCAUUAAUGGAGAACAAGUUGAAAUCAAGAGCUCCGAUUUUCCUGAUGCGUUUCUCUUUGGAGCUGCUACUUCUGCGUAUCAAGUAAUUGAAGGAGGAUUCAUGGAAGAUGGUAAGAGUCUAAGCAACUGGGAUGUUUUCUGCCGGCUUCAAGGGGUAAAUUUUGAAUUUGGAUGUCUGGGAGAGUUGUCAGGUAGCAUUGCAGAUGGGACCAAUGGCGACAUAGCUGAUGAUCAUUACCAUCGCUACAUGGAAGACAUUGAUAUAAUGCAUUCACUUGGUUUGACAGCUUACCGGUUCUCGAUCUCAUGGAGUAGAAUUCUUCCUAGAGGAAGAUUUGGUGGGGUUAACCUUGUUGGUAUUGCCUUCUAUAACAAGAUUAUCGAUAAUCUCCUACUUAAAGGUAUCGAGCCUUUUGUGACGAUUUUCCAUAAUGAGUAUCCUCAAGAACUUGAAGACAGAUUAGGAGGCUGGCUCAGUCCUCUAAUGCAGUUAAGAUAUCCCUUUUUUAGUUAUCCGGAUCAUUUUGAUGUGCUACAAAAUAACAGGGAAGAAUUUGUUCAUUUUGCCAAAACCUGUUUCGAAUACUUUUCUGAUCGGGUCACAUAUUGGAUCACAAUUAACGAGCCCAAUUUAUUCGCGGAAAAUUCGUACGAGAGGGCAAAAUACCCACCUGCUCGUUGUUCGCCUCCUUUUGGUGACUGUCCAUAUGGGAAUUCUGAUAUUGAGCCUUUGAUUGUGGUGCACAAUUUGUUACUGGGCCAUGCAAAAGCUGCUAAGCUGUAUCGAGAGCAAUACAAGGCAAGUACAAAUGACUUUGAAUUGAUGCAGCACAAAGUAAAUGGUGUAAUGAGCAUCUCUGUCUGUGCAUUUAUGUACGUACCUUUGAGAGAUGAGGAGGCCGAUAAGGAAGCUGCUAACAGGGCCUUGGCUUUUAAUACAGGAAUGCCUCGGUUUUUUGUGGUUCCGAGAGGCAUGGAAGAUAUUGUUGCCUAUGUUAGGGAGAGAUACCAAAACAAGCCGAUGAUUAUCACAGAAAAUGGGUAUUCUUCCCCAACUAAUGAGGAUAACAUCUACCAGCACGACAUGAAAAGAAUUAAUUAUCAUCAGUCAUAUCUUCAAUAUCUCGCUCGUGCCAUAAGGAAAGGGGCUGAUGUCCGUGGCUAUUUGAUAUGGAGUUUGAUGGACAAUUUUGAAUGGUCGAGUGGAUAUGACAUCAAGUUCGGGUUAUAUCAUGUGGAUCGUCAAACGCUAAAGAGGAGCCCGAAAAUGUCGGCCACUUGGUAUAGAGAUUUCUUGAGCAAUGCUACUACAGCUUCAGUUAAAACUGCGAAAUGA